UCUUCGCCGAGUGUUGUACUCACCAACAGCUAACGGUAGCUAGCAAGCUGUCAAGCUGUCAAGUGGAGAGGCUGGGGCAGACGUUUCAGCUUCCCCCUGGCUUGGCUUCACAAAUCCAAACAAAAACGCUAAUAUAUCCUCGUGAUCGCCUGCUGAGAGAAUGUAACGCAUCAAGGUCGUACCCAUAGAGAAACCUCCGCUCUAGCGCCAUUUCUAUGCAUUGGGUCUUGUGUGACGAUUGCUCUUUGCUAGUCGGCUAACCAACCCGAAGCCUGAGCCCAGCCAGAGACCACUUUCGUCGCUGGAAGUGAGAUUUCCCAUCAUUUGCGACCGGUAGCUUCGAGCUUUGGUCACUGCCUCGGCAUCUGUUGCUGUCAACCACUAUUUUAGACAUUCGGUUUCAAGAGGGACACAAUGGGGGCGUUUCUGGACAAACCAAAGAUGGAAAAGUACAAUUCCCAUGGUGAGGGUAACAGCCUGCGCUUUGGGCUAAGUAGUAUGCAGGGCUGGCGAGUAGAGAUGGAAGACGCACACACGGCAGUAAUAGGCUUGCCUCAUGGUCUCGACCCCUGGUCGUUUUUUGCUGUAUAUGAUGGCCACGCCGGCUCUCAGGUAGCCAAGUACUGCUGCGAGCACCUGUUGGAACAUAUCACCAGCAACUCAGACUUCCAGAGUGCUCUGCAAGAGGAUGGCUCAGUGGAAAGCGUGAAGAACGGCAUCCGCACAGGUUUCUUGGAGAUCGAUGAUCACAUGCGAAGUAUCUCGGAGAAAAAGCACGGCGUGGACCGCAGCGGCUCCACCGCGGUGGCCGUGAUGAUAUCACCGAGCCACGUCUACUUUAUUAACUGUGGCGAUUCGCGGGGACUCCUGAGCCGUGGGGGCGCCGUGCACUUCUUCACGCAGGAUCACAAACCCAGCAACCCUCUGGAGAAGGAGAGGAUCCUGAACGCCGGUGGCUCGGUCAUGAUACAGCGAGUUAACGGCUCCCUGGCCGUGUCGCGGGCCCUCGGAGAUUUCGACUACAAGUGUGUGCAUGGGAAAGGCCCGACAGAGCAGCUAGUCUCUCCCGAGCCUGAAGUUUAUGCAAUCGAGAGAUGCGAAGGAGAUGAUGAAUUUAUUAUUCUUGCUUGUGAUGGCAUCUGGGAUGUCAUGGCCAAUGAAGAACUCUGCGACUUUGUCCGGUCAAGGCUAGAAGUCACGGAUGAUCUUGAAAGAGUCAGCAAUGAAAUUGUUGACACUUGCCUGUACAAGGGGAGUCGGGACAAUAUGAGUGUUGUUUUAAUCUGUUUCCCUGGAGCUCCAAAGGUUUCUCCAGAAGCAGUUAAACGAGAGGCUGAGUUGGACAAGUAUCUGGAGUCAAGAGUAGAAGACAUCCUCAAAAAGCAGGGAGAGGAAGGCGUACCAGACCUGGUCCAUGUUAUGAGGACGUUAGCGUCAGAGAGCAUCCCCAACCUCCCUCCCGGAGGAGAGCUUGCAAGCAAACGAAGUGUUAUUGAAGCGGUAUACAACAAACUCAACCCCUACCGAAGCGAUGACACAGACUCUGCGUCCACAGAUGACAUGUGGUAACACAGCGUGGCACCACUAACACAGCAUAGCGUUUACAAACCACCAUCCUCUCAAGACCCACAGCAGCUCAGCCCAGCUCAGCAGUCUCUCCUGCCGUCACUCUGAGCUUUUGGUUUCUAAGAAGGGAAUUUCAUGGGAGGAGGAGAAGAGGAAGAGGAGUUGCAUGCACACAAACGUGGAGAUAGUGCAGCGCCAGUCCACUCUGGAGUUCAGGAUCCCCCACCCAGCAUCUUUGCCGCCCCCCCACACCCUUUUCUGUUCACCCAUCCUAAUCUUCCCUCUAAAAUCAAACAUAACAAAUGAGUCCACACGGCUUUUUUUUUUUUUUUUUGGUUCAAUAAUCAGCUUAUGUGGUAGGGUUUUUUUUUUCUGUUGUCGUUGCUGUAAUUAAUUUGAUUCACAUUUCCUUGUGUGCGUUUGUAUAUUUCUGUUUUUGUGAAGUGCAAUUGUCCUGUACAAACAGCCUGUAUUUAAUGCAGCUUGAUUAAGUUAAAAAAAAAAAAAAUUAAAUGAAAUGAAAAAGAGAACCUUUUUAUGCACUAUCUGCCUUUUCCUGCUCUUCUGGAAUUUUAACCCAUUUCUACAUAGUGUUGAUUACUGCUUGUCCUCCAGACACGAUGCCUCCACGCUUUUACUUUUCCUCGCUCCUCAGUUAGUCUAUGCUCCUUUAAGAAACGGGUAAAUUGUAUAGUUGACAGCACAGUAAGCUCUAUAUCAAAACCAUUUACACCCUAAGUAUCCCCACCCUGUGUGCUUUUGAGA